GAUCGACCAUCCAGGACAAAUCUGGCGCACCUAAAUGAAGUGCUCCAAAAGAUGGCUUCAAUAACAACCCCCAUUCGCUGUUCUGGCCUCGUUGCCGUUGCUCUGAUCAUCAGAUCCAGGGAUGGUCCACGGUUUGUCUUCCACUACCCUCCCCGACCCUCCACCGAAGCCUCGCAAGAGGAGAGGCUCUAUGGAACAGAGCUAGACGAGAGCGAAGUUGAGGAAAGUUUGCUGGAAGAGGCUGGCAGCGAUGAGUCGGAUCUUGAAGAUGGUGGAUACUCCCUUCCUCGCCACAACAAGGUUGAGAAGGAGGACAAGCCCAAGCUGAAGAAUCACGUGGUAGAGUUGGAUCUGGAGGGAGACGACCAUUACGACAAACCGAAUGGCGAACAUGUCGUCCCCUGGGAGCAUCUCUUCGAGUUUGAUACCACCGAUCUAGAGAGCAUUUUGACACCAUCACGAGCAUAUCACAAGAAGAAGUUCGAGAUGUCUCUCGAUCCUCUUAUCUUUAUCACCUAUCCCAUACACAUCCGGGAGGAUGGCCUUUGGAAAAAGAAGAAGCCAAAGAAGGCCAAGAAGUCCAAGACCGAAGCAUCCGAACCCAGCGCGGCCCCAGCUGAGACGACAUCGAUUGAAGAAGAGAUGAAGGACGUCAGCCUCGGAGAAAAGCCCGGUAAUGCGUCUGAAGACGGCGAUGACCACGGAGGAAUGACAAUGUUCAACGCUGUUUUCAUCCUCAAUCCUCGGAAGGAUCAGGCAAGAGAAAAGAUCAAGGACAUAUAUGAGCACGUCAUCAAGAAGUUCAACAAGGCAUUAAAGCAUGCCCAAGCAUCUGCGAAUUACGUCUGGAAGGAGUCUGAGAUGAUGCUUUCCAUGAAGGAAAAGGCAAGGGAAGAGCGACGUCCGAUGAGUUGGUUGUGGAAUGAAAUCUUGAUCAAAUCAACACUCGCUGCUGCGAUUCGAGAUGUUUACCUUGCAAUCUCCAGCGACAAGAUUGCUACGGUCCGCUUUGCAACCAAGCCUCCUUUGGACUUGUCACUCCAAGUCCCUAUUCCGAAUUUCCUAAUGAGCCUCCCAACCUCCGCCGAUAAGGCCAUGCCGGGACUACUCGUCACAACCGCUAAUCCACUCGUCGACGAAGAAGGCAACGAGGAUCCUACGCAUCUCAACAAACAUUUCGCUCUCCUCCUCCUCAACGAUGAAAGCAAGAUCGUUGCCGAGAUCCAAGCCGACGAUACUGACCUCUCGGAACCACUGAUCGAAUGUAUCCGACUCUGCAAGCCAACUCUCUCGUUCCUCCAAGUUGCGCAGACCAACGCCGUCGAUCUCAAUAGUCUUCUAGUUCUUGCUCAACACCUCAUCUACUGGCGUCGAGCCAUCGCAAUCCCGCCUCUUCACGCUCGCGAAAUGUAUAUUGUCUCCCCAAACUGUGACAGUCGUAAGCUACCACUGGCAAGCGUUGCAUGGAAAAAGGCUUUCCCACUUGCUCCCUCUCUCCCAGGCUUUCUUGCAGCCCUAUCGACAGCUCCUCGUCCUUUCAAAAACUUUGCACCGAGCAAGGACCACCGUCCAACCUACCUUGAUAUGAUUGCAUGGCUUAUUCGUGGCGGAUGGGUUACACAGUUGCGCACCUUCGCCUGGAUCCUCGUCUGGCCUGAGAUCAUUUACGAAGUCCAAUACCAGCUUAAGUCCGAGGCUAUCGAGAAGUCGAGGAAGGGUGCCAAAUCACAGAGUGGAUCGAGCGAGUCGACAGAGUCAACCGACGAGUCCAGUCCGGAGAAACACAGCAGCAUCGAUCCAUCUGCCCCACUCACCACCGAGCAGGUCGCUGAGAACGCUCGUCUUGAACGACUUGCAGACAAGCUCGCAAAAGAAGCCGCAGAAACCGCCGCAGAUUUUGCCAAGAUGCCAAACCCUGUUGCUACCGAGCACCCAUCAAUCAACAAUGCUGAGCAUCUCAAGCACAUCCCUCCAUACAUCAUCAAAGAUCCUCACAAGGUUUCCCAUGAAGAGUCUCUCUACAUCGCAGCUCUUGGCAAGAGAUUCACGGAGCCCAAGUCUAAGGAGUGCUGGACCAAGUUCACCAAGUAUUUCAACGGCUGCGAAGCGCUGGAGAUGAUUGCUCUGCAAGAAAAUCGCAAACGUAAGGAGACUUGGGGAAUUCUACUGAGCUAUCAUGAGCAUUUACUUUCUUGCAAACACUGGUAA